AUGUCUCUAAAGUUAUUUCGAACUGUUAAGCAGACAGCAAUUUUAUUGAUAUCUGUGGUAGUCUUUCUUGAGAGUUGUGUGGCACUAUGUUUCAUCCAGAUUAUUACAAUAAUAUUAUUCAAGAAGAACACUAAAUCGUAUCAAAAAUGUAUGGAUUUUACGAAGAAGUAUUUUUUAAUCAUGUUAACUGCAAUAUUGUCGGUAGCUGCACCAUCUAAAGUUAGAAUAACUACAUGCAACAAUACCAUCGGUAAGAAUGUCUUCUUUAUGGAUCAUCAAAAAGGAAGAAUUUCAUCAACCUUAUGUCCUGAUUCUGUGGUAAUCUGUAACCACCAAAUAUAUACAGAUUGGAUUUAUCUAUGGUGGAUUGCUUACACAUCAGAGUUGGCUGGUAGAGUCCAUAUCAUGCUGAAGAAAUCUUUAAAAUCUAUCCCUCUAUUAGGAUUUGGUAUGACGAAUUUUAAUUUCUUAUUUAUGAAUAGAAAGUGGGCACAUGAUCGUGUAAAUUUAAUUAAUACAUUAAAAGAGCUGGAUGCCAAUGCAAGAGGAUUGGGUCCACUUAGUAGCAACACUCCAGUAAAAACAGAUAAUGAUGGUGUGGUCAACUGGGAUUCUAGGGUUCAUCCUGAUGUGAGAGAGAAAAAGACAAAUUCCAAUUGUUGGCCUUAUAAUUUCUUAUUAUUUCCAGAAGGUACAAAUUUAACAUAUGAUACAAGAUGUAAAAGUCUCAAAUAUGCUAGAAAGGUUAACAAACAACCAUUUAAACAUCUUUUAUUACCUCAUGUGACCGGAUUAAGAUUCACUUUAGAGACGCUAGAACCAAGUUUAGACGCAGUGUAUGAUGUUACCAUCGGCUACUCAGGAGUGCAGAACUCUUCUUAUGCUGCAUCUCAUUACAGUCUGAAACAAAUAUUUUUAGAAGGUAAAUUUCCUCAUAUUGUGGACAUAUAUAUUCGUUCUUAUGAAUUGAAAAAUAUACCAUUAAGGGAUGAAGAAGCAUUUGCUGAGUGGUUAUAUAAUGUAUGGAAGGAAAAGGAUGAAUUAUUGGAAGAAUAUUAUAUCAGCGGUUCUUUUAAACAAGAAUCCAAUAAUACGUCAACAGUAGUUGAUAAAUUUAACGUUAGUCCGUCAGAAUACCUUUUGGUAGGUAUGAUUCCAUGUAUUACAUUCCUUUUUAUUUUAAAACUGUUGGCUGCUUAA